UACGGAUUCCUCACUAUUGAAUACUAUGCAGUAAUGACAUAUUUCUUCCUCAAUAAUAACACCUGGCUUAUCAUGUUCAUCGAUUUUUUAUGUGGUAGUUUAAAGUAUCAUAGCACUUUGUCCAUAUCCUAAGGUAAAACCCCGAGGACUUUCUUAUCCAAAGGAUAUCCCAAAACAUAAAAACAGAACAGAGAUUUCUGGAUAUGAAAAUUGCAGAGAAAAGGCGAUGAUUCCUGAUUUACCGGUCACGUGGCUAGUCAGGAGAGGAAAUGGAUUAAGGGGUGUUAAAUCGCCGAUAUAAUUAUUGGACAUAUUUAAAAGCUGUGCAUUCAUUCAUUAGAUCUGCACCGUUUCGGGUAUAAACCAUCGAUUGCAAAGGGAAUUUUAAUCAUACAAUAUUACAUUGAGCACAUUGGAACAGUGUCCCCUGACGUUUUCGGAUGAAAAAUGGCGAUGGUAACACAUAAUGGACAGACAAUAGGGAUAACGGAGUACGUAUCUCUUAUCAUUGAAGCGGCGAGGAAAAUAAUUGAGAAGGAGCAAAGAGAAAAUGGAAUUUUGGAUAAAAGUGGAUUAUCUAUUGCCAGCACGGACGCUCAGGAAGACAGGUUGACCAGCAGCGAAUCGGAAUCCUCAAAAGAAAUGGCGGAAGUUUCUCCAAAUUCUUUAGACACAAAUUCAGUAAAAUUACGUUUACCCGAUGGAACUUUGCAGUCGGUGGAAGAUUACAUCAUUGGAAUUAUAAAAGACGCCAGCGAUCAGAUAGAAAAAGAACGUCAGAAUGCGAGUAUACGAGCAGACGACACUCUUGAUAAAUCAGCUGUUGGUGCUAAUGUACAGACGCCUUUAAAGACUGAACCCAGUAAUACAUGUGAAAAAGACUCAACACCAAAGGCAGCUAAAGCCAAAGUAUCUAGUCCCAAACAAGGACCUGUUUCCAAAGUACUCAACAGAAUCUUCAAGAGAGGUAAAACAAAAGAAAGAGAGAAGGCAACUGAAGAAAUUAUCAACGGAUUUGACGAUUCUCUCACUUCAGAGAGAGGCAAAGAAGAAAAUAGUUCUCCCUCAAAACCUGAGGAAAAGUCUCCUGUCAAACCUGAAGAAAAGUCCCCCGUCAAACCUGAACCAAAUUCUCCCAACAGUGUUCAUAAUGAAGAAAUCACUGUUCACACAGAAAACCAUGAAUCUCCCAGCAAAGACAAUAAACAAGAAAUUCCCAAAGGAAAAGUUAAAGUCCAAAAGAAGAACUCCCUCAGGAAAAUGUUGUCCUGUUUCUCUUCCAAGGCAGCUCAGGCAGACUGAUCUACAUAUAGACUAGGAUAUCCAGACAAAUCCUAGGAAAUCCUGACAAAUCCUAGAAUAUCUGGACAAAAUCUAGGAUAUCUGGAUGAAUACUAGGAUUGUAUUUGGGAUUGUAUGUGGCAAACAUGCAUUACGUGGAUAUUUAUUACAUUUGAUUAUGAUAUUUGCAUUAAUAACUUCAUAAAUAUAUGGUGAGAUUUCAUCUUGUUCUAAACUAUUGCUAACAUCAUCUAAAAAAGAUUUUGAAAUGUGGUAGUUUUUGUGCCAUAAUAAAAGGAUUGAUUUGGAUUUCUUAUCAUUUGGGUGUGUAAGUUUUAUGUCAGAAGCAUUUCCCAAUAGAAAUUGUAAAAGAAUUACUUUUCAACUCUUCGAUUCAAGGAACGGGAACAUACAUUCUUUACUUCAUUUAGUAUACAAGCUAAUAAGAACUGAUCCAUUGGAUGGGAGAAAUCAAGAUAAAAUUAAACCUGGUUAUCAUACAAACUAGUGGAGACUGUUGUGACAACAGGAUUUUAGUUUUGCUGAUGCGACACUGUUUUGGUUGUAUUUUACUGUGCAGGUAUAAAAAAAUGGACAGAUGACACCUGCCACUGGUAUAACUCUGUAUUGUAAAUUAUAUAAAAAUAAGUUUGAUGGUGAACUGACAAUUAAAAACAAUAAUGCAGCAGUGUCAUUUGUACCUAUUUGUAUAUUUUAACAUGUUUGAAUAACUAGAGAGAAUAUGCACACUCUCAUUUUAUGAUCACGCACAUAUUAUUGUAACUCAUCUACUGGUAAAUUACUGUUUUUAAAGUCAUCUUUUAUGUAAGAUUAGUUAGCAAUAAAAUGAUUCAUUUUGUAUUCAUCCAUGAUUUUUUUUUAUGUUUCAAAUGAAUCACCAUUCUGUAUAAUGCUCUAUAUGUAUAUAUGUACAGCCAUACAUUAACUCACAAAUCAUUUUCAUAAUAAAUUGUUACUUCAUUAUAAUAACUACCCUCAUGUUGAAUUAUACAUAUACUUGUUAUUUAUAUAGUUCCCAGUGGGAUUCCCCAUUGCCAAACAAUAACUAAGUUUUCCCAAGUGUUUGUAGUGUAGUAGCAUGCUCAAGUCUUGUUCUUGUAUUAUAUUUUUAUACCAAUGUAAAAAUGGACAUGCAAUUAUAUGAUAUAGGUCAAUUGUUUCCGUGCAUGAUAACGUGUUUUAUCAUUAUCACAAUUUACAGCCAUCAUUUCAUCAGUCAUGCACAGAGUUACUUUUUAUUGUAUUUCAACAAAUAAUUUUAUAAGUACAUGUACUAUAUAAAAACUAUAUUUUUAUUGUAAGGGUGCUUAAAUUUGUAAAAGUUAUGUACAUAAAUAUUUUAUGCAUUAAACAAUUAUAUUUCAAUGGUCGGACAUACUAGCAUUAAUAAUACAGUACUCUAUCAUGGAAUGAGAACCACUGAAAUAUUACUUGUGCAAUUAAAUUCUGUGAAUAAUGAAUGGACUGGUUAAACUGACUUUAGAAAAAUAUUUCAAUACAUUUAGAGAGAGAGAGAGAGAGAGAGAGAGAGAGAG